AUGAAGAUGCAGGCUUGUUCAACUAGUUUCUAUCUUCUCCUUUUCUUUCUUCUUCUUGUUACCAUUAUUUCAAGCUCUGAAGUUCAGUCCUGCAAGCCUAGUGGCAAGAUAAAGGGCAAAAAACUCCCCCAUGGGCAUGCAACACUGAGAACGACUCUGAGUGUUGCGACCAAUGCAGUCUUGACAAUCAACAGUUUUGAGAAAGGCGGUGAUGGUGGUGCAGAGUCGGAGUGUGACAAUAAGUACCACUCGGAUGACACCCCGGUGGUGGUCUUGUCCACUGGUUGA